AUGAUGGAUAUGUCCGGCAUGACCACCACCUCCUCCAUGUCGAUGGCGACAGCCACGACAACAGCAAUGUCCAUGGCUACCACCUCCAGCUCCUCGAUGGACAUGGAUUCGAGCAUGACCAUGUCCAUGUCGGAGAUGUCAAUGACAUUCUUCACCUCCUUCAAGACCCCUCUAUACUCUGAAUCCUGGACUCCAACAUCAAAGGGGAUCUAUGCCGGUACCUGCAUCUUUUUGAUUGUCCUCGCCGUUAUCAUGCGCGUUCUCAUCGCUGUGCGACCGAUCCUGGAAGGUCGUCUUUGGACCGACGGUAUCAGCCAUGCAGGCGACCCUCUAAUCGGGGAGCACGACUAUCAGAAAAACAUAUCCGGUACGCAACAGAGCAUUCACGAAAUCGGACGGAGAUGGUCCAGGUGGCGCGUGAAUCCCGCCGCAGGCCGUGCAACUUAUGAAGUGAUCCUUGCUGGCGUUGCCUACCUCCUGAUGUUGGCGGUUAUGACUAUGAAUGUUGGAUAUUUCCUCUCGAUUCUUGGCGGUAUGUGGCUUGGCACAUUUAUCAUGGGCAGCGUUGCCGCCGACAGCGCUUGGCUGCAUUGA